AUGCCAUCGACAAUCUCAAACGCUGUUUGUGGUCCUCAAGUCAACGGAACUGCCAAUGCAACGCAUGGUACCGAUUUAAGAACCCUCAACGCUUGUCCCCUCAACGCAUGCUGCGAUAUCUGGGGCCAAUGUGGUAUCACCGCAGAAUUUUGUACCGUUUCCAACUCAACGACGGGUAAUCCAGGAAGAGCAGCGGCGAAUGAGAAUGGAUGUAUCUCUAACUGUAGCACGGAUAUUAUUGUCAGCGUUGACGCUCCAGCUGAAACCUAUUCGAUCGCCUACUUUGAAGCGUAUGACCAAACCCGACCGUGCCUGACCAUGUCAGUUGAUCAAAUCAACACCACAUUUUACUCCCACAUCCACUUUGCCUUUGCCACCAUCACUUUCGACUAUGCUAUCAAUAUUACCGAUGCAGUCACUGAAGCGAAUCGAGACACCUUGAUCACCAAUGUUGUCGAUUUCUUGGAGGAGUGGGACCUCGAUGGUGUGGAAUUUGAUUGGGAGUAUCCCGAUGAGCCAGAUAUUGCUGGAAUCCCAGCAGGAACUACUGCAGACAGCACCAACUACUAUAUCACAUUGGACCUGCUGAAGGCCUCCAUGCCGUCAGGCAAGACGUUGUCUCUCACUGCACCAGCUUCCUUCUGGUAUCUCGAGAGAUUCCCUAUUGAGGCAAUCAGUACUGCCGUUGAUUACAUCGUUUACAUGACAUAUGACUUGCAUGGCCAAUGGGACUAUGGCAAUGCUUACUCGGACGACGGAUGCUCGGGUAUCACCAAGGCAGGUGUUUCCUCAAGCAAGGUGGCUGUUGGAGUAGCUAGUUACGCUCGUUCUUUUGAGAUGACCGAGGCUGGCUGCUGGACCGACAUGUGCACCUGCACCGGACCUGAUUCAGGCGUUUGGCCAGGCCCUUGCACGGAGACCGCGGGAUACAUCUCUAAUUAUGAGCUCGAGUUGGUUAUGGUAGAGAACCCAUCUGCAGCACAGUACUGGGACAACAGUUCGUACACCAAUGUUUUGGUUUAUAACGAGACUCAAUGGGCUGGAUACAUGAACGACACUAACAAGGCGGUGCGAACCACCUUGUACGAAAGUCUGAACUUCUUGGGAAUAUCAGACUGGGCCGUUGAUUUGCAAUCGGAGGACGGCAACGAAGACAGUACCGGCUCUGGUGUCAUCUAUAUCAGCCCGGUCAUCUUCAAUGAGUCUGACCCGACAGUGGCUGGUUACCCGCCCUUCACGAUGGUAUGGCCUACCUACUCGAUUGAGCCGAUGGUUGUUGAUCUUCCUCCAUAUCCAUAUGUUUAUAGUGAGGGAGGUUACAUUUACACUUCCUGGCACUCCAUGCCUUCAAGAACAGUUGACAAAAUGAGCUUCUUCCAGUGGUCGGGACCACCAUCGGGCAUCCCAACCUCAACUUACACUCUUACCAGCAGCUUCAGGGCCUCACCGAUAACGAUUCUCGGCGAUGAAGGCAAUCUCCCCAUGGUGUUUUACACACCACCUAUCGAGACACCCUUUACGACCCCAUUUGCCGUCGUUGAUGGCAUGAGUCAUAUGGUGAUGAGCGGCACUGUCACAUUGAAUGACACAAACGGACUUUCCGUUUUAACGGGCAUUCCUUCUCCGGCUACUACGCCCCAGACAGUCACAAAGGUUAUUUACGUCGAGAACCCAUUCAGCACCGCCAACAAAACGACCGACAACACAGUAGUGGUUGUGGCCUUACCCACUGCGACCGGCUCCGACACAAAUGCAUUGCCACAGACGACAUCUACGUCAGGAACGAUCACAUAUACCUGGUCAGAGCAGCAGAUUGAUAGCUUGGCCACCAUCCCCACCACCACUACCAUCACGACAACGGAGGUCGAGGACCAAACGACAACUGCCAUGAUUGUGCCUGUCAAUACGGGUGGCUUCUAUUGGUCACCGGUGCCGAUCCUUGAUAUUCCGUUGCCUACAGUGCCUUUUCCUGAUUUGGCGCCGAUUCCCACUCUCCAUUGCUUCACCUUAUUCGAUAUAUUUACCAUUGAUUGUCCACCGAAUGGUGAUGAUGACAACCAUUCAACCAAGACCGUCAAGUACACCAGCGGAAAGGAAUCACCUACUUGCUCUCCCAGUACCUCCAAAUCCUGCGGUGUCCUCUGUACUUCUGACUGUGAUCCUUCCUCCACGUCUACUUCAUCGGCGACCUCUUCCACCACCUGCACUUCCGAAACAACGGACUACUGGGUCUCCUGCGAUUGUACCUCAUGCUCAACCACAAGCACGGCCACGGCCACGGGAUGUGAAGUGACAGCCACUACAACAACCACGGGUCUCUACUGUGCGAUGUCCACCUCCUUCACCAUUUGGUCCACCGAUGAUCAAGGCCAGAACGGCGCCCAAUCCUUUACCUCCAGCACGCAAACCAUUCCAGAGGAGGUUGUUGCACCCGGGACCACCUACGUGGCUGGCUCCAACGGGGCCAUCACACUCGGCAAUGGCGAUUUCAUUACCGUUCCUACCAGCGUCACAGGUACAACCACCGUUACCCUUGGAACAGUUGUUGCUACAGUCGAGCCUGCCGAAAUUACCAUCAUUGUGGUUGUUAUCGCCAAAGACGGGGCCAGUUCUUCAACCACAUCCAAAUCUACUACCGCUACGUCCACUAAGUCCACAACAACCAAGAAGACUACUACUACCACCACAACAGGAUCUGUCCCAACUGCUACUGAGUUUUGUGUGAAGUAUGUCAUUGAAAACGAAGACACAUCGUUGGACAAGUACGGUUCCAAGUACGAUGAAUUUGUGUUCGUUAUGUAUGGUAUCCAGUGGCCGGGAGCAGAUCAUGUCGAACCCGAUAUUGACGGCUUCCUGGCUAAUUGUGGUAUCACAGCGGAUAUUCAUGUUGCGGUUGAUACUACCCAAUGGGGUACAGUGGCAAUGUGGAAUAACGGCGAGAAUGACGUUGUCACCACAUGUGUCAAAGACAGUAUCGUGGCUUUGGGUGGCAGCACACCUUCCUGCACGUGGAUUCUUAAGACAUCAGAAGCUGAUGAUUUUACGGCUAAGGACUCAGCAGAACCAGAGAUGACUUGGAUUUACAACAACUAUGCAUCUGUGAUCUCAGCACCAUAUCCUUUGUCAACUUGA